CGAGGGCAUUGCCUAAUCCGGCGUGGUUCUUGUGGUAAUGUCAGCGUAAAGUUGAAACGGAGAUUUUGAAAAUAUUUUCGUGUGCAUGGAUAUUCUUAUUAUGAAUAAUACGCUGUUUGUUGUCAAAGGCGUUAAGUGUUAGGUGUUCCUCGUUUACCAGUAGUCAGUUGAGCUAGCUCGUAUUAUUAGCCAUUAGCCACUAACUUCUGUUUUUGCUUGCUCAUGUGCUGGGGUGGUGCUAGUCAUUUGACUGAAGGUAAUAUUUUUUGCAUACAUGUUCCAAUUCAGCGUAGCUUUGACUGAAUAGAUAGCAUGCUGUCUCUGCGUUUUCCGAUCCCCGUGGCGAGUUAUGGCUUAUGAUUGCUAGCUUAUCGGCUAUAUGCAUGCCGGUGAAUUGCAGAAGCCUAAUAAACGCGUGGUAUUGACAAUGCACCCUCGGUAAAGAAAGACAGACAAGUUAACCCAACAUAACCACUAUCGGAACAAGCUAUAGCCAGGGGCAUUUAUGAUUUUGUCUAGUUAUACCACGUAGGCUAAUUCUUGUGGUCCGCUUCACGAGACAGCUCUGCUAUCUUACAAUUUUAAGGUGUUUGAACUUGUUACAUAGGGAGGAACCUACGCCUUGUCACAUACAACUGACGGACGCGCACGUUCAGAGAACUUUUAACAACUAUUGUUAGAUUCUACAAAAUGAGUGAAGAUACAAAACUAGACGAUUGCGAGUCAAACAAUCAACAGUACUUUGAAGUGAAAGACCCGCAGAUUCAUAUAAUAGGUGGAGCACUAGGCUCAGACCUUAGUCCGAAAAACAGACAGCCGACCACACGUUUGUACAAGAAACGGUGGGUUAUCGUGCUCCUAUUUAGUUCGUAUUCCCUGUGUAACUCGUACCAAUGGAUUCAGUAUGGAAUCAUAAACAACAUCUUCAUGAAGUUCUACGGCGUGGAUUCCUUCACCAUAGACUGGAUGUCUAUGAUCUACAUGCUGACAUACAUCCCCUUCAUAUUCCCGGUUACCUGGCUACUGGACAAAAAGGGACUGCGGGUGGUAGCGCUCAUAGCCACGGCUAUGAACUGCGUCGGAACAUGGAUCAAGGUGGCUAGCGCACGCCCGGACCUGUUCGCGGUGACCUUUCUGGGUCAGUUCUGCUCAUCCUUCGCGCAAGUGUUCAUCCUGGGGAUGCCUUCGAAAAUAGCCUCGGUCUGGUUCAGUUCCGAGGAGGUUUCUACGGCGUGCUCGAUUGGAGUGUUUGGGAAUCAGCUUUCACUGUCAGACUUGGACUUUUAGAAUUGGCCCGGGACUCUUCACACCGACAAGUGACGCAAGCAAGGUUGGUUGGCGGUGGAAAUGCCUCGCAGCUAACCACGAGAGAAAAAGGAGACGCAUCAAGCAGCCAGGGAGGAAGAAUUCGGAAGAUGAAACACUGGACACCGCUCUGUGCGCUUGACUGACACUAUCCCAUGCAAACAUUUGUAACAAGAAAUGAUCUGAUGUGCUCACCAAGAACAGCUGGGGAAGAAGUAGAAAUUGCACAAGAACUGUGAGUGAAGAGCUGUCCUGUCGUGUCCGUCCGUCCAGCCAGCCAGCACAGUGUCGCAGCUCAUGUUUGAUUGUCAAGAUUGUAUUGCAGCAGGGCAAGUCAAGUCAAGACAUAUGGUACAGUGGUGGCAAUAAGUACAGUGUUGGUGG